GCUGCUCAGAUCCCAUGAACACCGAGCACCGAGUCUCUGUGUCGCUCGCUGAUGAUGCCCCUGGAGCAAAGCUAUGCGACGUUCUCACCCCAAGUCAGCAUCGUAGUAGGAAUGCAAUGCCGAGCAUGAUCCAAAGAAGACAGUUUCAAGGAAUGGAAGGCUUAAUUUGAUGCAAGCAAUUCCUGCUGUGGAAAUGAGCGACACAUGAGGCGUCUCGGAGUCGUGUUACACGACGGCGUGACACGAAUAGGGGUGGUGGGUCCACACACUGUGAAGCACGGGGCUCUUGAUUUUCGUCUGUUGUGUGAGAUGAUAUCGUUGGUUUUUAGUCUGAUUAAUGCUGGCAGAUGUCUGCAGUUGGGUCGGUGCUCGGAAGGAGAUUGUAACUGGCAGUUGUCCGAGAGGAUGGAGAGAUUGCUGUACAAAUUUGGAUUGGUAGUCAAGAGAGUUGGGUUUUCGGUUGUUUUUGGAAUUUUAGGGGUUUUGUCGUAGCAGUUUUUUUUUGGAGCGUAGCUGAGCUCGAGAAAUUUAGGGGAGGGGUCAACGAGGCAGGUUUGCGACGAAGAACUGUCGGAAACCUAGCUAUGAUGCUGCUGCGGUAAGCGAAGCUGAAGUUGGUGAUGUGGCGAGGGUUGCGAGGUCGAGAGGUCGGGGCCACGCGCCCGCGGUCCCUCGCAACGCAUGUGCGGGCCGAUCGGGUUCGCCAAAUCAAUCUGUCGGGCCACAAGGAAAUUGUGAGCGCUCACAAUAGCGGGAUUAAUAGCCUGCAGAUUGACUGCACAGAAGCGCGCUAUUUGCUUGCAGGGGCUGCGGAUGGUUCCGUUGGUGUGUACGACACACAGCAACCCACUUUUAUGGAUUCUGCUAUUAAGGUUGCUAAGCAUGAAGCCCUCUUUACGGUGGAUAAGUCUGUCCCUCAGGGACACAUCUACUCAGUGACAUGUGUUCAGUGGUAUCCUGUUGACACGGGGCUCUUCGUCACCGGAUCCUUUGAUAAGAAAAUCAAUCUAUGGGACACUAACACUCACCAGGUAGAGCUUCAGUUUGAAAUGCCGGAGAAGGUACAUGCAAUUGCAAUGUCAUCCAUUGCAGCAACACACAUGCUGGUAGCUGCUGGAACCGAGGACGUAAGGAUACGACUAUGUGAUCUGGCUUCUGGAGCGUGCACCCAUACUCUGUCUGGACAUAGAGAUGGAGUGUGGGCAUUGCAGUGGUCUGCCACCAGUGAGUGGGUGCUUUAUUCCGGGGGAUGUGAUGGAGCUAUCCGGUUUUGGGAUAUUCGCCGGGCUGGUUGCUUUCAGGUUCUUGACCAGAAUCGUUCACAGAUUGAAAGAAGGUCCAAUGUGACAAGUAGCACUCAAAGGCAAGAGCUGGCAUCAGCUCCAGUGGGCAGCAGUUCUACCUCAGAGAUGCAGCGGCCAGUGGCCAAACGGACCAAGCCGAGCACAGUAUCAAAACCUAGUAAGAUUGCUAAAAUUAAGGAUCCUGGAGUUCGAAGAUCACAUCCAGGAAUGACAUUGGCUAAUGAUCGGUCAACAGCCCACCAUGGCUCAGUCACAGCUCUGCAAACUUCGGACGAUGGGUUGAAUCUCUUCAGUGCUGGCACAGAUUCAAGAGUGCGCCUGUGGGAUAUAGAAUCAGGUCGCAACACACUAGUUAACUAUGAGGCCACUAAGAUAAGAACCCAUCAAGGAACUCAACUGGCUGUGUCUAUGGAUUCUUCCCUCUUGUUUGUUCCGUCGGCUCAUUCACUCCAGACUUAUGAUGUCUGGAGUGGUCGCAUGCACUCCAAACUAGUUGGACAUUAUGGUAAUGUGAACUGUUGUGCGUUCCUUGCGGAGGAUCAGGAGCUUUACACUGGUAGCAGUGAUCGUCAGAUCCUCGUUUGGUCUCCUCCGAAGAGUGUUACUGUCGAGGAUCAGGAAGAGGUUCCGAAAGCUGGUGUUGCUGCCGUAUGCGAAGAUGAAGAUGCUUGGAGUGAUUAACACGCUUAAACGUAUGGAUUUUGAUCUUCAAAGCAAUAUUUCUAGGGAAUGUAAAACAUCAGCAGAAUUUUAGAGUAGGUAUUUGACGUUUCCUGCCAGGUAAUGUUUAGUAAAACACCAACGGGUAUUCAAACUUCCUGGAAUCUCUUCAUAGUUGAAACUCAGAAAAAGCAUGAUAAGUACUCAGAA